ACAGUACCAAAUUGUACCCCGCCUAGUCUGCUCCUCGGUGAAUUCUUAUUUUCUCGUUGCUUCGUGAUACGAAUUUCCAUUAAUCACCAAGACACAGCGAUGUCAUCGGAGUACUCAUUUUGCAGUGAGGGAGGUUUCGAUGAACUCUCAAGUUCCUCCGAUUCUGGUUUCGAUGUUAGUUUUGAAUCACCGAAACAUGAGGUAUCAUCCGAUGCUCUCUUUCCUCCGGUUAAAGAAGAAAAGCGCAAAAAAACGCGGAAUACUCGUUGCAAAAGUCCCACGCAGGUGCUGAGACUAAAAAGAAACCGACGGAUAAAAGCAAACGAUCGCGAGCGUCACAGAAUGCACACUUUGAAUGACGCCUUGGAACGUCUGAGGAUGGCUUUGCCAACCUUUCCCGAAGACACAAAGCUCACGAAAAUCGAGACGCUCCGUUUCGCACACAACUACAUUUGGGCGUUAUCGCAGACCCUGGGCAAUUCCGAGAGUGGUGAAAUCACGGUGAAUGUCGGCAAUGUCACCGUCAGCAUCAGCGAGAAUGGCAACAUGAUUACCUCGUCAACCGGAAGCUGCGCGGUAGCGGCCCAAAAAAGACUUGGACCACAACAUACGGGCUUCCCGUAUCCACCUCAGGAGCGAUUUGUCGCGCCAGAAUGGCAAGAGUACGAUUGCUACAGUGAUCAGAGCGUGAGUCCGCCGAUGCAGUACCAGCCUUGCUAUGAUCAAAGAAUGUAUCAGGUCCAUCGUCCUCAGCAUCAAUUACAGCCGCCUCAUCAUCAUAUGCCUCAUCACAACAAUAUGUAUCAGUGUCUUUAGGCGAUUAAGUGCAGAUGAAUUUCUAUAGUUUGAACGAGCCGACUUCUUCAACGUUGAUUGUCUUUAUCCAUAGAUUCGUUCCUAAUCUCCUCAUCUACGCUGUAAUCGGUUACAAAAGUGAAAGAUUCGCAAGAACAAUUAUCUCUUCGAAAUAUUUUUAUCAAGAGAUUAACUAAGGAAACAGAUUGGAUAUAACUGUAACAAGAGAGUGUUUUCCCCAAAGAACUAACGUGAUUGUAAAAAAAAAGAACAUAGCUAUGAUUAUCGUUAUCUAUUUUCUAAGAAAAUAUUUUAUCGAAAAAGAUAUCUUUAGGACUGUAAUUGCUUUUGCUAAAAGUGUAAGUCUAGUAGAAUAUACUUUUUUAAUUUUGCUUUUUAUCUUCAACAAGCAUAUUUUGCUGUACAAUGAGAAAGGCGGUAAAACAUAAUUAAGACGUACAAUAUUGAUACAAGAAUGACGCUUUUAUUUUAAAAUUGUAUAAAGUAUUUUUUAUGCUAAUGUAAGAAAUAUUUAAUUUAA